GCUCUCUGGGGCUGCGCUGCCUGGACAGAGAGAUUUCUUCUCCGUUUGAAUACCCUCCUGUCUUCUUUCUCUAUCCCUCAGCUACCCCCUCUGAAGGUGCAAGUGUGAGAGUCUUUCUGAAUGCCAGAAAUUUCUUUUGCACUGUGUGGGCAGGAGACAGAUUUUUUUUUCCUCCCUCCGUCCCCCGAACUGUCUCUUUUUUUCAUUUAUUAAUUUUGUUUUCUUUCCCUCCCCUGCGUCUCUUUUUGUAGACUUUACCUUCUUUUCCCCUCAAUUUCACCACCUCUCCUACCCCACUUUCUCUUCGUCCCUCGGUCUCCCUCUCUCAGUUCCCCUCCCCCCACCCUUUUGCUCUUUUAAAACAAUUCAAUGAUGCCUCGGGAUUACUAGCACGCCCUCCUUCAGCUGAGCGCGGGACUCUGCAUUAAUUCAAGAGCAAUGUUCUGUGAUGGUGCCCGAGAUGCGUGGAGUGAGCCCAGGCCGAAGGCUGCCCGAGCCUGCCCUGUGCCCGGCUACGGGAGGGAGCCCUGAGCCUGGGGCUGCUGGCCGGCGUCGCCACGUCCUGGCCCUGCCCGAGGAGGAGGCAUGGCGGCCACAGCAGUGUGCCCUGCUCGAGGCCGAUGCCUCCGACGAGGUGGGCAUGCUGCCUGCCUCCCCGCGCUCUGCGAUGGCCGGCUUCGACAACUUCUUCCCAGUGCAGGAGGGCGAGGGCCCGGGCUGGGAGGGCAGCUCCACGCUGGAUGCAGGCUCCAGCACCUUCCUCCCUGUGAGCCCGGAGGUCAUGAAGCGGAGGCGUGGGGGCCUCAUCGAGCAGCGGGACAUCAUCAAGGCCCACGAGGCACACAAGAUGCAGAGCACCCCGCAAGCCCGAAGAAAGGAGUGGGAGAUGGCUCGCUUCGGGGAGGCGGUGGUCGUUGGCAGGCCGGGCUCAGGCGAUGGAGACUCGGACCAGAGCAGGAACCGGCAAGGAACCCCUGUACCGGCCUCGGGGACGGCAGCCGCCUACAAGCAGUCGAAAGCGCAGAGGGCGCGGACUAUGGCUUUGUACAACCCCAUUCCUGUCCGGCAGAACUGUUUCACGGUCAACAGAUCCCUGUUCAUCUUCGGAGAAGAUAACAUUGUCAGGAAAUACGCCAAGAAGCUCAUCGAUUGGCCGCCAUUUGAGUACAUGAUCCUGGCCACCAUCAUUGCCAACUGCAUCGUCUUGGCCCUGGAGCAGCAUCUUCCUGAGGAUGACAAGACCCCAAUGUCCCGAAGGCUGGAAAAGACAGAACCAUAUUUCAUUGGGAUCUUCUGCUUUGAAGCUGGGAUCAAAAUCGUGGCUCUAGGUUUCAUCUUCCAUAAGGGUUCAUACCUCCGCAAUGGCUGGAAUGUCAUGGACUUCAUCGUGGUCCUCAGUGGCAUCCUGGCCACUGCGGGAACCCACUUCAACACCCAUGUGGACUUGCGGACCCUCCGUGCUGUGCGUGUCCUGAGGCCCUUAAAGCUCGUGUCAGGAAUACCUAGCCUGCAGAUUGUGUUGAAGUCCAUCAUGAAGGCCAUGGUGCCUCUUCUGCAGAUUGGCCUUCUGCUCUUCUUUGCCAUCCUCAUGUUUGCCAUCAUUGGCUUGGAGUUCUACAGUGGCAAGUUACAUCGAGCAUGCUUCAUGAACAAUUCAGGUAUUCUAGAGGGAUUUGAUCCUCCCCACCCGUGUGGUGUGCAGGGCUGCCCAGCUGGAUACGAAUGCAAGGACUGGAUCGGCCCCAAUGACGGGAUCACCCAGUUUGACAACAUCCUUUUUGCUGUGCUGACUGUCUUCCAAUGCAUCACGAUGGAAGGGUGGACCACUGUGCUGUACAAUACCAAUGAUGCCUUAGGAGCCACCUGGAAUUGGCUGUACUUCAUCCCCCUCAUCAUCAUCGGAUCCUUCUUUGUUCUCAACCUUGUCCUGGGAGUGCUUUCAGGGGAAUUUGCCAAAGAAAGAGAGAGGGUGGAGAACCGGAGAGCGUUCAUGAAGCUGCGGCGCCAGCAACAGAUUGAGAGAGAGCUGAAUGGCUACCGUGCCUGGAUAGACAAAGCAGAGGAAGUCAUGCUUGCUGAAGAAAAUAAAAACGCUGGAACAUCAGCCUUGGAAGUGCUUCGAAGGGCAACCAUCAAAAGGAGCCGGACGGAGGCCAUGACCCGAGACUCCAGCGAUGAGCACUGCGUUGAUAUCUCUUCUGUGGGCACACCUCUUGCCAGAGCCAGUAUCAAGAGCACAAAGGUAGAUGGGGCCUCCUAUUUCCGGCACAAGGAACGGCUUCUGCGUAUCUCUAUCCGGCACAUGGUCAAAUCCCAGGUGUUUUACUGGAUUGUCUUGAGUGUUGUGGCUCUCAAUACUGCCUGUGUGGCCAUUGUUCAUCACAACCAACCCCAGUGGCUCACUCACCUCCUCUACUAUGCAGAAUUUUUGUUUCUGGGACUUUUUCUGUUGGAGAUGUCCCUGAAGAUGUAUGGCAUGGGGCCACGCCUUUAUUUUCAUUCCUCAUUCAACUGCUUCGAUUUUGGGGUCACAGUGGGCAGCAUCUUUGAGGUGGUCUGGGCAAUAUUCAGACCUGGUACAUCUUUUGGAAUCAGUGUCUUACGAGCUCUCCGACUCCUAAGGAUAUUUAAAAUAACCAAGUAUUGGGCAUCCCUCAGGAAUCUGGUUGUCUCCUUGAUGAGCUCCAUGAAGUCUAUCAUCAGCUUGCUCUUCCUCCUCUUCCUCUUCAUCGUUGUCUUCGCUCUCCUAGGAAUGCAGCUCUUUGGAGGCAGGUUUAACUUUAAUGAUGGGACUCCUUCAGCUAAUUUUGACACCUUCCCUGCAGCUAUCAUGACAGUGUUCCAGAUCCUGACGGGGGAAGACUGGAAUGAGGUGAUGUACAACGGCAUCCGCUCCCAGGGUGGGGUCAGCUCGGGCAUGUGGUCUGCCAUCUACUUCAUUGUGCUCACCUUGUUUGGAAACUACACACUGCUGAACGUAUUCUUGGCCAUCGCUGUGGACAAUCUGGCCAAUGCCCAGGAAUUGACCAAGGACGAACAGGAGGAGGAAGAAGCCUUCAACCAGAAACAUGCACUGCAGAAGGCCAAGGAGGUUAGCCCGAUGUCUGCACCCAACAUGCCUUCUAUUGAAAGAGACAGAAGGAGAAGACACCACAUGUCGAUGUGGGAGCCGCGCAGCAGCCACCUGAGGGAGCGGAGGCGCCGGCACCACAUGUCUGUAUGGGAACAACGCACCAGCCAGCUGAGGAGGCACAUGCAAAUGUCCAGUCAAGAAGCCCUCAACAAAGAGGAGGCCCCACCGAUGAACCCCCUCAAUCCACUCAAUCCACUGAGCCCUCUCAACCCACUCAAUGCUCACCCCAGCCUCUAUCGGAGACCCAGGCCCAUUGAGGGCCUAGCCCUGGGCCUGGGUCUUGAGAAGUGUGAAGAGGAGCGCAUUAGCCGCGGGGGUUCCCUCAAGGGCAGUGUAGGGGCCCUGACCAGUGCCCUGGACAACCAGAGGAGCCCCUUGUCCUUGGGAAAACGGGAGCCACCAUGGCUGCCCAGAUCCUGUCAUGGAAACUGUGACCCAACCCAGCAGGAAGCUGGGGGAGGAGAGACCGUGGUGACUUUUGAGGACCGAGCCAGACAUAGGCAGAGCCAGAGGCGCAGCCGCCAUCGCCGUGUCAGGACUGAGGGCAAGGAGUCUGCCUCCGUGUCCCGGAGCAGGUCUGCCAGCCAGGAGCGGAGUCUGGAUGAAGGGGUGUCCAUUGAGGGAGAGAAAGAACAUGAACCUCAGGGCAGCCACAGAAGCAAGGAGCCGACCAUCCAUGAAGAGGAAAGAACUCAGGACUUAAGGAGGACCAACAGUCUGAUGGUACCCAGGGGCUCUGGACUCGUAGGAGCUCUUGAUGAGGCAGAAACUCCUCUAGUCCAGCCCCAGCCUGAGCUGGAAGUGGGGAAGGAUGCGGCAGAGCAGGAAGCUGAAGGCAGCAGCGAGCAAGCCCUGCUUGGGGACGUCCAGCUGGACGUGGGCCGGGGCAUUAGCCAGAGCGAGCCUGACCUCUCCUGCAUGACAGCCAACAUGGACAAGGCUACCACCGAGAGCACCAGCGUCACGGUCGCCAUCCCUGAUGUUGACCCCUUGGUGGAUUCAACAGUGGUGCACAUUAGCAACAAGACUGAUGGAGAAGCCAGUCCCUUGAAGGAGGCAGAGACCAAAGAGGAAGAAGAAGAGGUGGAGAAGAAAAAGAAGAAGGAGAAGCGAGAGACUGGCAAAGCCAUGGUGCCCCAUAGCUCUAUGUUCAUCUUCAGCACCACUAACCCGAUCCGCAGGGCCUGCCACUACAUUGUGAACCUUCGCUACUUUGAGAUGUGCAUCCUCCUGGUGAUUGCGGCCAGCAGCAUUGCCCUGGCAGCCGAGGACCCUGUCCUGACCAAUUCGGAGCGCAAUAAAGUCCUGAGAUAUUUCGACUAUGUCUUCACGGGCGUGUUUACCUUUGAGAUGGUUAUAAAGAUGAUAGACCAAGGCUUGAUCCUGCAGGAUGGAUCCUACUUCCGAGACCUCUGGAACAUCCUGGACUUUGUGGUAGUGGUUGGUGCGUUGGUAGCCUUUGCUCUGGCGAACGCAUUGGGAACCAACAAGGGGCGGGACAUCAAGACUAUCAAGUCUCUGAGGGUACUCCGAGUUCUGCGACCACUGAAAACCAUCAAGCGCUUGCCCAAGCUGAAGGCUGUGUUUGACUGUGUGGUGACCUCCCUGAAGAACGUCUUCAACAUACUCAUUGUCUACAAACUCUUCAUGUUUAUCUUUGCUGUCAUCGCCGUCCAGCUGUUCAAAGGGAAGUUCUUCUAUUGCACCGACAGCUCGAAGGACACAGAGAAGGAGUGCAUAGGCAACUAUGUAGAUCAUGAGAAAAAUAAGAUGGAGGUAAAGGGCCGGGAAUGGAAGCGUCAUGAGUUCCACUACGACAACAUCAUCUGGGCCCUGCUGACCCUCUUCACUGUCUCCACAGGGGAAGGGUGGCCUCAGGUCCUGCAGCAUUCUGUAGACGUGACAGAGGAAGACAGAGGCCCAAGCCGCAGCAACCGCAUGGAGAUGUCCAUCUUUUAUGUGGUCUACUUUGUGGUGUUCCCUUUCUUCUUUGUCAAUAUCUUCGUAGCUCUCAUCAUCAUCACCUUCCAGGAGCAAGGGGAUAAGAUGAUGGAGGAGUGUAGCCUGGAAAAGAACGAGCGGGCAUGCAUUGACUUCGCCAUUAGUGCCAAACCCCUCACCCGCUACAUGCCGCAGAACAGACACACCUUCCAGUACCGCGUCUGGCACUUUGUGGUUUCUCCAUCCUUUGAGUAUACCAUCAUGGCCAUGAUCGCCUUGAACACUGUCGUGCUGAUGAUGAAGUACUAUUCUGCUCCUUGCACCUAUGAACUUGCCCUAAAGUACCUGAACAUUGCCUUCACCAUGGUGUUCUCCCUGGAAUGUGUCCUAAAGGUCAUCGCUUUUGGCUUCCUGAACUAUUUCCGAGAUACCUGGAACAUCUUUGACUUCAUCACAGUGAUUGGCAGUAUCACAGAAAUUAUUCUGACAGACAGCAAGCUGGUGAACACCAGUGGCUUCAAUAUGAGCUUUCUGAAGCUCUUCCGAGCUGCGCGCCUCAUAAAGCUUUUGCGUCAGGGCUACACCAUUCGCAUCUUACUGUGGACCUUUGUGCAGUCCUUUAAGGCUCUCCCCUAUGUCUGCCUUCUGAUCGCCAUGCUUUUCUUCAUCUAUGCCAUCAUUGGGAUGCAGGUAUUUGGAAACAUAAAGUUAGAUGAGGAGAGUCACAUCAACCGGCACAACAACUUCCGGAGUUUCUUCGGGUCCCUCAUGCUGCUCUUCAGGAGUGCCACGGGGGAGGCUUGGCAGGAGAUAAUGCUGUCGUGUCUCGGCGAGAAGGGCUGUGAGCCUGAUACCACCGCACCCUCAGGGCAGAACGAAAGCGAGCGCUGUGGCACUGACCUGGCCUAUGUGUACUUUGUCUCCUUCAUCUUCUUCUGCUCCUUCCUGAUGCUCAACCUGUUCGUGGCUGUCAUCAUGGAUAACUUUGAGUACCUGACUCGAGAUUCCUCUAUCCUAGGGCCUCACCACUUGGAUGAGUUUGUCCGUGUCUGGGCAGAAUAUGACAGAGCAGCAUGUGGCCGCAUCCAUUACACUGAGAUGUAUGAAAUGCUGACUCUCAUGUCACCACCGCUAGGCCUCGGCAAGAGAUGUCCCUCCAAAGUGGCCUAUAAGAGGUUGGUCCUGAUGAACAUGCCAGUGGCUGAGGACAUGACAGUCCACUUUACCUCCACACUUAUGGCUCUGAUCCGGACAGCUCUGGACAUCAAAAUCGCCAAAGGUGGUGCAGACAGACAGCAGCUAGACUCGGAGCUACAAAAAGAAACUCUGGCCAUUUGGCCUCACCUGUCCCAGAAGAUGCUGGAUCUGCUUGUGCCCAUGCCCAAAGCUUCUGACCUAACAGUGGGCAAAAUCUAUGCAGCAAUGAUGAUCAUGGACUACUAUAAACAGAGCAAGGUGAAGAAACAGAGACAGCAGCUGGAAGAACAGAAAAAUGCACCCAUGUUUCAGCGCAUGGAGCCCUCAUCACUGCCGCAGGAGAUCAUUGCUAAUGCCAAAGCGCUGCCUUAUCUCCAGCAGGACCCUGGUUCAGGCCUGGGUGGUCGGAGUGGAUACCCUUCCAUGAGUCCACUCUCCCCGCAAGAAAUAUUCCAGUUGGCUUGUAUGGACCCUGCUGAUGAUGGACAAUUCCAGGAACAGCAAUCUCUGGAGCCAGAGGUUAGUGAAUUAAAAAGUGUGCAGUCCUCUAGCCAUGGCAUCUACCUUCCUUCGGACACCCAGAAGCAUGCGGGAUCUGGGAGGGCAUCCUCUAUGCCACGACUGACUAUGGACCCCCAGGUGGUAACAGACCCUAGUUCUAUGCGACGUUCAUUUUCUACAAUUCGGGAUAAGCGUUCAAAUUCUUCAUGGUUGGAGGAGUUCUCCAUGGAGCGUAGCAGUGAAAAUACCUACAAAUCACGGCGCAGAAGCUACCAUUCCUCCCUGAGGCUGUCAGCCCACCGCCUGAAUUCUGACUCUGGCCACAAGUCGGACACUCACCGUUCGGGAGGCAGGGAAAGAGGCCGAUCCAAAGAGAGAAAGCAUCUUCUCUCCCCUGACGUCUCCCGCUGCAAUUCUGAGGAGCGAGGGACCCAGGCUGACUGGGAAUCCCCAGAACGUCGCCAGUCCAGGUCACCCAGCGAGGGAAGAUCACAGACCCCCAACAGACAGGGCACUGGUUCCCUGAGCGAGAGCUCCAUUCCCUCCAUCUCCGACACCAGCACCCCAAGACGAAGUCGUCGCCAGCUCCCACCUGUGCCACCAAAGCCUCGGCCCCUCCUCUCCUACAGCUCCCUGAUGAGACACACCGGGGCCAUCUCUCCACCUCCUGAUGGAAGUGAGGGUGGUUCCCCGCUGGCCUCUCAAGCCCUGGAGAGCAACAGCGCUUGCCUGACCGAGUCUUCCAAUUCCUUGCACCCCCAGCAGGGCCAGCACUCUUCCCCUCAGCACUACAUCUCCGAGCCCUAUCUGGCCCUCCACGAAGACUCCCACGCCUCAGACUGUGGCGAGGAGGAGACACUCACCUUUGAGGCAGCCGUGGCUACUAGCUUGGGCCGCUCCAACACCAUCGGCUCCGCCCCACCCCUGCGGCACAGCUGGCAGAUGCCUAACGGGCACUAUCGGCGGCGGAGGCGUGGGGGGCCUGGGCCAGGCAUGAUGUGUGGAGCUGUCAGUGACCUCCUGAGUGACACGGAAGAAGAUGAUAAGUGCUAGAGGCUGCCAUCCCCUCCGAUGCAUGCUCUUCUCUCACAGGGAGAAAACCAAGACCAAAUUGGGAAGCCAGUGCGGCCCGGGGGGGAGGAAGAGGGAGAAGGAAGAUGAAGGACGCCAUGCAUCCUCUGAAAAGAGGAAGUAAAAGACAGAUGGAAAACCAGUCAAACCCACCAAUUUGCAUUAUUUCCCUUUGCAAGAUGGGCACUGCCAUAGUCCUGCCUCUUUGCUGGGGAAAGAAAAUACAGGGAUGUGGGGGGUUAUUCCCAUAGGAGAAGGGACACAAAGGUGGCUUGGCUUCCCUUGCCCCUUCCCACUUUUCUGUGAGCUGCAGCAGGAUCUGGCUGCCCUGUGUCUAAGCUCAUUGCCCUGAGCAGCUGGGAAGACUUCCUGGCAUCUCACCGCGGGAAGAGUGGAGACAGUAGAAGAAUCUCUGUGCCAGUUCUUGCGCUUUAGCUGCCCCCAGGGCAGCUCCAGCAGCAUCUCAUGCAUUGUUCUUGGGGCUUGCUUCCCCCAAAGAGACACACGCUAAGUCUAGAGCGCUGGAUGCUGAUGGGAGAAGGGAGGAAGGGAGGGAGGGAGAGAAGGGCCAGAGCAGAAGGGCCCAAGGUGCUGUGGCAACAGCAGCAAGGGCUGGUCUGGGUGAGAAAAGCCAUAGCACAGCAGCCCAUACCAUGAAGGUGAGGGCCAAAGAAACAGAAUUGGAGGUGCUGGUGGGUACGGUAGUAGACCCUGAGGUUUGUUACCCACAUAGUAGGUGCUGUGGUAGAUAGGCUAGAGACAGAGGUUCCCUAGGGCCCCAAAGGUGCCUGUAGCUCUGGUAAGGUAAUAUUAACUCCAAUAGCCAGGGCACCGACCCCAGUAGGGUUUAGCCACAGUGUGGGAACCCCAUGCAGUUCUCAGCCUUGGCCCUUUAGAUUCUAGUUAGAGGGGACCCCCAACGAUAGGGACAAGACAGAGAAGGAGACCUAAGGGACUCUAGCCAGACUCAGUUUUCCAACAAUCACAGGAGGAACUUGGUACUGGUGGCAGGGCUGUGACCACAGUGGGCUGGAGGCAGCAGGUCUCUGUCAAGCAGCAAGGCCACCGCUAAGCCAAGCCCAGAAUAGUCGAGUAUCAACAGCUAAAUGUUCUCUGCCAGUUCCCCAAGUGGACAGUGAACACAUAUCCAAGGAGACCCCUGUGUAGUGACUUCCAGAGAAUGGUCCCUAAGGAAGUCAUCUUGAGGACCCCUUGUGAGGAGAAACCCUUGGGCCUGAAGCUUGUAUGGCUGGUUUGGGGUUUGGAGAGUAAGUUGAUGAGGAUGCUUUAAGGUGAUUAGUAACCAUACCUCAGUUUUGACCUGGGCUGCUUUUAGUAAAAAUAGGCUCUGAUGGGGCACUGACUUUCUCUGAAUGUUCCCUGGGCCAGGGUUGGGCUUCAUCCCUUCCCCAGAGUAAAAGAUGGGUAGAAAACAGCCUCAGGCCACUUCCCCAAAGCAGAAGCACUGAGGGAAAAUAGGAGCCUUCCUUAGUCACUUCCAUAAGUGAUGGAUGCAGCAGAGAGCUCCAUUCUGUGGGACUCGUCACCCUUCGGCCUCUCUCCGGUAUCAUCAGAGCUAAACCGAUGCCUUGGAGCCGGGUGUUGGGCGGGACUGCCCUCUCUAGCUUCCUCACCCGACCCUCCCCAGUGAGACUCAAGGACUUCACACUGAACUCAGUGAAUCGGCUUUCCAUCCUCUUCCAGCCUCGGCAGAGUCCUUCGGGACUCUUGUGGAGGAGCGGCCCUUCUCUCUCAGCAGGAGCUUCUCCUCUGGGGUUUCCUUUCUAUCCUUCUGUCCCACUCUUCCUAGCCCUGGCCUGAGGCAGGCGCGGCAUCAGCUCUGAAAAGCCAAGUUCCCCCGUGUGAGCGUGUGGCGGCAGUCACCUGCCACAGUCCCACCUUCUCUUUAGCGUAUCGAUGGAGCUUCGCGAACCAUGGUCAGCCCCAAACCAAAGUGGUCCCAGGACAGGUGACCGAUGAGGCAGACGUAAGGCCUGCCGACUCUCAGAUCCUCUUCCGCCGCCAUCGCUUCACUUCCUCUCCCUCGCAGCACGUGUGUGCUCAGGGGCCGCUGAGAAUAUGAGCAUAAUCCUAAUAGAGGAGAUUGUUACAUAAGAAUAAUGCUGGGCCUUGUGUUGUUUUAAAGGUUUUCUUUGCUCAGCCUCAUUUCAUGCCAAAGUGCUGCUAUGGGCCUCCUUGUGUGCACAAAAUUGCUUUCCUCUACCUUGGACUUGCAGCUUUCCGUGGGAAAGCCUGCAACAGGAUGACCAUCCUGAGCCAGCAAGCCCGUUGGAUGGUGUCUGGAGAAAUUCGAUUGCGGAGAUAUGUCAUUGCCAUCCCUGUAGUGGGAGAACUGUGGGCUGCCAGCACAGUGAUCAGCUAUGGAAUUUGCCUGCAAAUAAUAACAUGAUCAUUAAACUUACUAUGCCUGAAUCUUCCCAUGCUCCCGAACUCCUUGAACACACAUGCAGGUGUGUGCGUAUGCGUGCACGCACUCACACACUAAAUGAAGCAUUUAAAGUUAUAAGUACUGUAGAUGUGGUCACUUGACUGACCACGUGGUUUUUUUUUUUUCCUAGCACUGAUGAAAUCAAGAACAUAUUAUUUAUUCAUCUUCCCUUGGGUUUCUUUUCGCUUGGACAACACUUACCCUUCAUUAAGACCAGAACAUAAAAGAAUUUUUGUUAAGCCACAAACUCAUUUAAUUGUCAUCUUUGCCUCCUGAUAAACUCAAAUGCCAACCCUCUCUUUUGUAGCCGACCAGGGCUUCCCUCCUAUGGACCAGAGUCUAACUCUUUCUACAAAAGAAAUCUGUUUUCUCAGAGUCCACGCUUCUCUUUGCAUCUUCUGGUAUAGAGCACGAUUAUUUGGGUGCAGAAAGUCUUCUUGCAGAAUUCUUUAGUCAAAUAUCUCAUCACCUUAGCAAAAACAUUGCCUUGAAACAAGAUAGGGAAGAUGAGAGGACAUUACAAGAAGAAAAGAAGCCAGGCAGGGAGGUACUGUAACUGCAAUUGUGUUUGGGGAAGCCUUUUUGCUUAAGGUUCCAGAGAGUUUGACACAUCCCAACCUUCCCAUCACAGGAGAGGACAGCAGGCUUCAUCAUGGUAGGCCGUUCAGGCCAUGGUGCCCUGUGUGUCAAGAGAAUCACCUGCCCAUGAAGGCAUGGCACCCUCUAGUAUCCACCAGGCGCCACAGGAGCCAUUAUGACAGUUUCCCACGGGAGGGGGCAUACCACACUAAUAUCUGAGAAAUCUAUUUUACAGCAAACCUCACGUCUUUCUUCCUGCUUGUUCCCCAUACUGGGGGCACCAAAGCCAGAUGUCACCAGAACCCCAGAUGUUCUGAAUGUGUUGCUUCCUUCACUGUGAGGCUCAGGCAAAGAUAUCCCAUAUUCCAGUCUCUGGUCAACAUCUCCCCUUCCCACCGGUAUCUAUGUCUCCACCACUACCACCACAGAUUCUAGGUGUGAACUGCAGUGUCCUCUGGUAUCCCCUUCCCAGUCUCUGUUUUGCUGCAUGUUAGCACAUCCUGAGAUGAUUAAAUCCAAGCUCAUAUGAUGGAUUAGCUGUCUCUGCCAUGCCGUUAGGGAAUUCACCUUCUAAUGAAGCAAUGUCUGGAGAUUGCUAGGUGAUCCUCGCCAGAUGAUCCUCAGACCAUUUCAAAGGAAGUGUAGUGUGCAUUCAAUGUCCAUGCACUUCAUGAAAGCUCACUAGAGAGAAAUCAGGUCUCUUUGGCAUCGAAGAACAAAGUAGUCAAGUAAUUUCAGUUUUUCAUUAUAUCUCUUUCUGAGGCCUGUAAGGUAUAUUUCAUUUAUGGGUAGAUUUUUUUUUAGGUGAGUGGAGCAGGGAGAAGUUGGGAACUUUGUUCCUCAGCUCAGUUAGACCAUUGGAAAAGUUAGGGACGACGAAAGGGAAUCAGACUGUCUCCUGGCAUGGCAAGAUUUUCUGAGACCUGAAAGAACUUCCACAGCCUUUCUAUUACAAAGUCUCUUGUUUGUUAUGUUUUGAAAUACCAGCCCCACGACCGGAGGCUAGUGAAGCAAAGCAGCCCAUUCCUCGGGGAGGACUCUUCACCCCGCCCGGCCUAUGGGUCCUUCCCUUCUGGUCCUGCGAGCAUUGUCUGCUGUCCAGGAGCAGCAGGGGAAUACUUUGAGGCAGGCAUGCAAGCAGAAGAGGAUCAGGGGGCCCCUGAAAAGUGGCCAGUCACAGCAUGAUGAAUUGACACUAGGCAAGAACCCCUAAGGAAUCCAGUUCAGAGGACUUCUCUUUAAAUAUCUCUAUAUAGCCUUCUUUUUUAAAAAAAAGCCAAACUUAACUUAGGGUUAUGACCUAACUGUCCAUGAGUGUGAUCAAAGGCAGCGCCAUGUGAUUCAGUGCUGUCUGCACCAAUCAUCUUUUGUAGCUUUUCAUUUCCAUCCAGAACAUCCUAGCCAGGUCUGUCCCAGAGCAGCAACUGAUACCUUCUCCACUGGCCAAAGACUGCUAAGGCAUUUUUUCAUCUACCACAGGUUACACCCAUAGUGCAGAGAUAUACUGCAUGGGAGGAAAGGUCAGGAAAAAAGUCUAUCUGCUUUCCAGCAGUCAUCUUUUCCUUUCCUUGAAUCUUUCUUGGUGUAUCCCCUCUUCCAUAACUGAUUUGGCCUAUGGUGUGUGUCUCCCAGAGAGGUCAUACCACACCAAGAAUUAACAAACUCACAGAUGUUCCAACCUAUCCCAAGGGCCUAGUUCACGUCAUCUCAUUUAAUGGGGACUCUCAGCAAAGUCUGGCAAGGUCUGCCCUGCUUCUAUUUUUAAUAGGUUUCUUUCCACCCACACACUCCUAUCAUGUAUUAGAGGGUUAGUGUCUUGACCCUCGAGAUGCAAAAAGAGACUUUGUGAUAAGCCAUGCUACUACUAUGUAAAUACUUCUUGAGUUUCAGUUUCUUGUUUAUGAAGCUUUGAAAAAAUUGGGUAGAUAAAGUAAAACGAAGUAUUGAGAUUAAUGCUUAUUUUUAUCUGUUUGGUAGUUUUUGUUUGAUUGAUUAUCUACGUAUUUUGUAACAGGCCCAUUCUAGAACAGCAAAGAAGGAUAAAUCUGUGUUCUGUAGUGUUACGAAUCUGCUCCUUUUCUACAAUUAAUUUCUGUCAAAUUAAUGCUAUGAUAAUUGAGUCAAAAAUCUGAAGUUACUGCCUCCUCCCAUCUGUAGUCCUGCCCCCAAAUCCUGUCUUGUUAAGUGGCCUUGAACUCUUGAUUCUGCAUAUUCUGCCUCUUCUCUUUCAAAGGUCUGAAAAUACAACAUACAUUUAUGAAAAAUCUGCUUUCCCCACCAAAUCAAUCAAAGUCAAGGAAACUAUAAGAUAGAGAUUUUUUUCAGAACAUCUUUAACCAAUAAAUACGAAAUGCAUUCCUCAAUGGGAAGAUAAUUUUAAAACAAUAUAGCAAUUUGAUAAAUGACUAUCCCAGGAAGCUAAAUAUAAUGAGUUCUACCCAGGCUUCACAACUCAUUUGUGCCUUCAGCAAGGAUAUUACAUCUAUUUUCAUUCCCUUGUUAGGAAAAUUGAAAUUCUGAUACUUGGCUAGUUCGCGCAUGUGUCGAGUGCUUGUAAGUUAAUAAUGCAUAAAGCACUUAAGUCUUCACAAGUCAAUCUGGAAAAAUCUUCACUCAUUUCACCCACUAAGGACUCGGGAAAUUCUUGGCGUUUCCCAUAAGCCUUUAGUCUUUUUAAGGAAACCUCCAUCUUAAUGGGAACUUAGACUAAGACUUGUUUUACUCUUGUCCUUCUAUUUUUCGUAUUUCCUUUUCAUGUUAGCACUCAGUUUUCUGAAAUCCAGGCUGUUUUCAUUAAUUAAGAACACUGAGUUUUCCUCCAACAAACUUCCUAGUGUUAUCUUCUCUUCGUGGCCACCUAAUUCAGAGAGCAAAUAACCAUGCACUAACACCUUUGCCUAGGCAUCUUCCCCAGCCUGGAUGAGAAAUCUGAGUGAAUCUUAUCUCUCUCUCCCUCUCUCUCUCUUUUUUUUUCCUGCAAAUUUUCCAGAGAAAAGAAUAUAUUCUGUGAAGGAAACAUUUGAACUUGGGCCAAAUAGUUCCACUACUUCCUCUUUGGAUCCCUCAGAUGAUGUCCCCCAUACUCAGACAGAGACGUCAUCUCCCGUGUCUAACUUGGACCUGAUUUGCUGACCCGGUUGUUUUUUUGUUGUUGUUGUUGUGGUGGUGGUUGUUUUUUUUCAGCAUUUUGAUUUCUUCUAGGCAAUGGCCUAUAUUGCCCAAGAACCAAUGCUCAAAGCAGGUCUAUCCAGGAUAUUUAUGAGAUGAGCAAGGAAAACACUUUAACGUGUCCAAGUGCCAUUAAUUUUUUAAAAUAACGGUGAUAUGAAAUGAGGGCUAAAUAAUGUAAUCUAACUGCCAAUUAAAGUACACAGUAGUUCUGGUCUUCGUUACAUUUGAUCUGAAGUUACAGACCAUUAGGCAGAAUCCAGCGGGUUUAGUGAAAACAUAGGCAUUGUGUUGUAAUCGCUGUACUAGGGGCGUACACUUAGUCAGCAGGUUGAACUUCAGUCAGUGUUUUUCUAUCCUGGUGUUUUGUGAACAUUCCAAAAUUUCUACAAAGCCACCCUAAGUGCUGCAAUUGCAGAGGAACUUCCCUUUUUGUAACUUUAGAAGGCAGGCCAAGUCCACUCACACUGAGUCCAAGAUUUGGAAUCCACCCAAAAAAAAAAAAAAAACCAGCAGAGGAGAAAUAUUUAAUACGCCAAGUAUGUGUGAUGUUUCAUACCUGGGAUGAGUGAGUACAGAGAGAGACAUGCGACUGAACAAAGACGAUGUUGAUCUGCAGACAGGACAGAGUCCCAGAAGAGGACAGGUUUAAAGGUGUUUGACUUUGGAUCCUACUUUUUACUUAGAUUUGGGGUAAACUCUUUAGCAUGAUAUUGGAUUCAGAGGGGUUGCUUUUGAUAAACUGAUUAGAAUCCUCGGGAUUAGUAGAUUCUGGACUGGGCAAAUGAAGGAAAAAGCAGCCCAAAGACAAUCUAUAACUUCAGUAACUCAUAUAGUAAUGUCAGUUUUGCAGAGGAUGUAUAUUACCCUCCCUAGUGGCAUAUUGCAAUAGGAGGGGGAAAGAGACUAUGUCUGGGGCAGGAGGUGUUUUAUCAGGACAGAUUUCAAAUGGCCAGGUGCACUGGUACUGACCUCAAAGGCCAGCAUUGUGAGAAGGGGGUGACACAGGGUCUAGGUCAUCCCCUCUGUCCUUCGGGACACGAGGAUAGGCCUUGAUUUGAUCUUAGAUGAUGAGCACGUAGGAUGGGAGCAAGAGGGAAAAUGGGCACUCUGCCUCAGGUUGUAAAGAACGCUGCCACCCACAUUUUCAGACAUCUGUGAGCCACACCCAUGAGACGCCCCGCUAAGGGGCAGCAUUCCCUGGGGUGUAUCAGCCUGACACUCAUGCAGCAGUGGGGAUGGAACAGCAGGCAAAGCUGGCCCACCCAGAGUAGCGGUACGUCUCACCUAACGCCGGAGCUCAGCAGUGCAUGUUGGUCAGGUGGACAUCCUGUAAUAUAAACGCUCGUUUGGAUCCAAAGGGAAAACCAUUAAAAAUAAAAGAAAGAUGAACAACUUUAUUGUUGGGGGGGUGGUC